AAUCACGAUUGGCUGAACGGCGUGGAACGCUGGAUGACCUAAUUAAUAUUUAUGAUAUAAACCUUCCCCUUUGUGGUAUGCCGUCAAAUCCGGUUACGCUUUUUACAUGUCUUCCGAUCUGUUUAGUUGUUGUGAACGAUCUUAAAACUAUAAACCCAUGCAAGGAUAUAUCGAUUGUCACUGUCAUAUAUCUGCCGAGGAUUUUGACACCGACAUUGAUGAUGUCAUUCAGGAGUCUAAAAAGGCUGGGCUUGUUUCCCUUCUUGCAGUAGCAGAGCACGCUGGUGAAUUUGAGAAAAUCAUACAGCUCUCACAAAGGUUCCCAGGAUUCGUCAUGCCAUGUCUUGGAGUUCAUCCUGUCCAAGAUCCAGCACAACCCAGGAGUGCCUUACCCGAGGAUUUAGAUGCAGCAUUACCACUGAUCGAGAAAUACAAAGAGCACAUUGUGGCUAUUGGUGAGGUUGGCCUGGAUUUCACGCCACGUGUAGUCAACAAUGAUGCUGGGAAAGAUGGUCAGAGACAGGUGCUCAUUCGACAGGCUGAAAUGGCAAAACUGUUAAAUCUGCCUCUGAAUGUUCACUCAAGAUCUGCUGGACGACCAACCAUCCAUCUUCUGAAGGAGUUGGGUGUAGAGAAUGCACUUCUUCAUGCAUUUGACGGAAGACCUUCGGUUGCGAUGGAGGGUGUGAAAGCUGGUUAUUUUUUUUCAAUACCUCCAUCCAUUAUCAGAAGCGAUCAGAAGCAGAAGCUGGUGAAGCAGGUUCCUCUGGAGAGCAUGUGUUUAGAGACGGAUGCUCCUGCGCUCGGGCCUGAAAAGCAGGUGAGGAAUGUACCUAAGAACAUCAGCAUCGGUGCCGAAUAUAUUGCGAAAAUCAAAGGUGUUCCCUUGGAGAAGGUCAUAGAGGUCACUACCCAGAAUGCCCUGCACCUCUUCCCCAAAUUGAAAAUAUUUAUCAAAGCUUGACAUUAAAAGGGUCCUCUUUUUUGAGCCAAGUUGUUUUGUUGUGCAGAAAUUGUCAUGCUUAUUUUCAAUUAUCUAUGUUAAAAGUGUGAAGAUUACUGCACUUUAUCAGUGCAUUAUUAUGUAUGUUGGGUUUGAAACAAUUAUUUUCGUCAGUGUUCCUUUAAAUUUUGACCACAUUGUUUAAUAAAUAUAUUGACAAAUGUCAAAAAAACAUUACUUUAUGAACACUUCAUAAUCAUGUCAUUGUCAUGCUUUAUGACAAAACGUGUGCCUUAGGAAAACUGUAAUACGUGUUCUUAGGUUUACAUUCAUAUAUUCAUUCAAAGAGUAUGCCAGACCUACCGCUGCUUGUUGUAUGUCUUAUAACUUGUAUGUGACUUCUUGAAUUAACCUGCGUAGAUUAAUAUGAGAAGCUAAAAUCAUAUGUUAAUCCAUCAGGUUCUGGCACUGUAAGCAAUCAGCCAUGACAUCUGUGUGUGUCUCAGUCUGAAUGGAGUUAUUGCUGAAUCUGUAUUCUGUCUGGAGUAGUCUGGUCAUGUCUUUCAGCAUGGUCUGUGGUUUGCUCAUCUAGAAAAUAAAGUAUUCAUUUGGGUUAAAAGAUUUCUGAUAU